GAUACGAGAGGGUGCCACUGUUCUCUAACCAAAUCCGAGAAACGGUUGUAACCAGCCGAAACCCUAACCCUGCUCCCCAAAUCGUCCCAUCAAACCCUAGCCAUAAAACGGCUCAAUGCUGUGAGAACCAACAUACGCAUGGCUCUGGACAGCCCGGCCGAGCGACGGGACGAGGUGGUCCAGGUGGCGAUGGGGAAUGGGAACGGCGUGGCGCCGCUGCAACCGUUGCGGCCGGCCGGCCGGCCUGCGGCGGCGACGGCACCAUACCUGGACCGGCGGCUACGGCUGAACCCCAACGCGGAGCACAAGCCGCAGGACUACAGCGAUGUGCGCGGCGAGUACGCGCCGGCCGUGUACAGCGCACUCGAACGGCAUCUCCCACCGAGCCUCCUCGAUGCCGACCGCGACGUCAAGCUACACUUCAUGCGAGACAUUCUCGCGCGCUACUGGCCCCAGGGAGAGCGCAACAAGGUGCAAAGGCACAAAGAAUACAGGCAGAGGAUACUCCACCUUUACAAGCCUCUUCAUGAAGAAUUAUACAAUAUGCAUCCUUCCACAUUCUUCUUACCAACAUUCCUUGAAGCAGUUAGGAGCAAUUCAGAAGAAAGCUUUAGAAGCUUUAUGACUGAACCAAUUCCUGGUGUUUAUUCGUUUGCUAUGUUGCAGCCAACUUUCUGCGAGAUGUUAUUGGAGGAGGUAGAGAACUUUGAAAAAUGGGUCCAUGCAAUGAAAUUUAAGAUAAUGAGGCCAAAUACAAUGAACAAGUAUGGUGCUGUCCUUGAUGAUUUUGGUCUGGAAGCUAUGUUGAAUCAGUUCAUGGAACAGUUCGUAGCUCCAAUUUCUAGAGGUUUUUUUUAUCCUGAGGUUGGUGGUGGAACAUUGGACUCACAUCAUGCUUUUGUUGUUGAAUAUGGAAAAGACAGGGAUGUUGAACUAGGUUUUCAUGUUGAUGAUUCAGAAGUUACGUUAAAUGUUUGCCUUGGCAAACAAUUCUCUGGUGGUGAACUAUAUUUCCGAGGCAUUCGGUGUGAGAAUCAUGUGAAUUCAGAGACACAACAUGAGAUGACAAGAUGCACUUGCGGUGCUGUCUUCUGGAUUAUUUGGUGCUGUUCAGCAUAUGAAAUGUAUGAUUACACUCAUAUUCCUGGACAGGCUGUACUCCACCGUGGUCGACAUAGGCAUGGUGCUCGAGCUAUAUCAUCUGGACUCAGAAUCAAUCUGCUUUUGUGGUGCCGGAGGUUUCUUCAAGUACCGCUUUAACUCUCUCAUCUUCAAAUCAACAUUUUCGCCAACGGUGUGGAAGUAGAACUUGAUGAAGUCAGCUUUCAUACAAGGAUCUAGCACAGCGGCUAUGAGAAGAGCAAUAUUAGGAUUUGCCCAAUACUUCUGGAAUUUGGUAUGCAUCCCAUUAGCCAAUUUGUUGAGGAGUUCAUUAGUGUUCCACGUCUCACCGAGCAAGGCAUCUCGGAUGGCUAGAAGCUUCUUCAAGGAAAGGUGGGUUGUAGGAUGCCUUCUGCGCAGAAAAUGCUUUAGUAGCCUCACUAAACUCUUGAAGAAAACCAUGAAGAGCCUCCGCAUUUGCCGAUUCAUAUUUGCUUGGAGCUUCAUGCUUUUGCUCAGUCGCAUAUCUGUUGGGUGCCACCUUAUACUUCAAUGCUUUGUGUAGCAGGGGCAGGCCCACCUCAAUUCAAGGGUAUUCAAUUACCCAUUAUUUUGAGCAAAAUUUCUUAUGUGUACAGUAUGUACCAUGUGUAUGUAUUUAAAAAAUAAAAGACACGUAACAGAUUGCCAAUCUCCUCUCUUCCGGCCGAAAAACAGUACUGUCUCCAUCUCCAUCUCCCUCCCCUCCUACAUGAGGCCUGGAAUGGCCCAAUUUCGCACCAUGUCCACCAAGAGCCCAGCCGCUCCCCAUGCGUCCAUGCCCU